AUGUUUUUGAGGGAGUCCAAGAAGAUAUGGAGAGUUGCAGGGCCUAUAACUUUGAAUGGUUUCUUCUCUUAUGCAUUGAACUCCUCCGUACAAAUAUUCGCCGGCCACCUAAGCGCCGUCGAGCUCUCUGCAGUCUCUACCUCCUUCUUGGUCACCACCAACUUUCCGACUAUUGUUCUUAUUGGCUUGGGGAGUGCAAUGGACACAUUAUGUGGGCAAGCAUUUGGUGCCGGAAAAAUAGAAAUGCUUGCCGUCUAUUUACAACUCGCAUUGAUCAUUCUUUUGGUCGCCGCUCUCCUCAUGUCUCCGGUUUACAUCUUCGCAACACCAAUCCUAAAGUUCCUCGGCCAAGAUGAGAAAAUUGCCGUCCUUGCCGGGAAGUUCUCAAUGCGCAUAAUCCCGCAAAUUUUUGCAAUGGCUAUGAGCUUUCCAGUGCAAAAAUUCCUCCAAGCUCAGAGCAAAGUUUCCAUCCUCACAUGCAUUGCAUUCGGAGGCCUUGUUCUUCAUAUUAGUCUAUUGGGGAUGUUUGUGUAUGUGUUUGAUUGGGGACUUGAUGGAGCUGCAGCUGCUUACAAUUUAUCAUCUUGGGCAGUGUCCAUUGCUCAAUUGGUGUACAUCAUUGUGUGGCAUAAAUUCAAAUGGACUAGAAUCUCAUUUUCUUCUACUAUCAAAGAGGUUUGGUCUUUUCUCAAGCUUUCUCUUGCUUCAGCCAUGAUGUUUUGCAUGGAUGGAUGGAACAUGAUGGUAAUGAUGGUGAUUACCGGACUUCUCAAUAACCCGGCCAUUGCCCUCGGUUCCAUUUCUAUUUGCAUGAACAUAAACACAUGGAUCAGCAUGCUAUUCUUUGGAAUCGAUGCUGCCGCAAGUGUUCGGGUAUCAAAUGAGCUUGGAUCAGGCAAUGCAAGAGCUGCCAAGUACUCUAUUGCUGUCAUCGGUGUUACUGCACUUGCAAUCGCUUUUCCCUGCAUCAUCGUCAUACUUGCGACACGAACUUAUUUCCCCGUACUUUUUGCAAGCAGUAAAGAACUACAAAAAGCAGUAGCAGAAAUGGCAUAUCUUCUAAUUCUUGCUGUUUUCCUCAGUAGUAUCCAACCAGUAAUAAUAGGAGCUUCUGUUGGAGGUGGUUGGCAAGGCAUAGUAGCUUAUAUUAAUUUCCUCUGCUACUAUCUUAUUGGAAUUCCCUUGCAAUAUAUCUUUGGAUUCUUGCUUCAUUGGAAUGCUCUGGGAACAUGGGGUGGGAUGUUAUGUGGACUUGUGUUGCAGAAAUUAAUUUUAUCUGCAAUAGUUUGGAAAACUAAUUGGAAGGAUGAGGCUAAAAAAGCUUCAAACAGAAUGCAAUUGUGGGUGAAGCAUGAUGAAACUAUUGAUUCACAGAUAUGAAUGUGAUAAAUUCCUUGCCUGUGUUUUUUGUUUUUACUUUUUAUUCUUUCUCUGUUCUACAAGAUUAACUGUUAAAAGAAUCAAUAGUUGAAGAACGUCGGAGAUGUAAACGAUAUAUUCAUAAAAGA